AUGGAAUCCUCUCUUCUCCUAAACCAUCCUCUCAGGCCAUCCUCCAUCUUGCUCAAUUCUCUAACUUCGAUCCCCAUUGCUACAGGGAAAAGACCCUUCAAGAGGAAUGCAGUAUCAGUGCCUUGCCGGUGCUCAUUCCCGGCUUCUUCUUCAGAGGCUGUUGAAGGAAGGAGGGCGUUGAUGGGUUAUCUUAUUGCAACCGCCAGUGGCUUGCUUGUCUGUGAUGCAGCUAGUGCUGUAAGCACGAGUAGAAGAGCUCUUAAAGGAGCGAAAAUACCCGAGAGUGAAUAUACAACCUUGCCCAAUGGUCUAAAAUACUAUGAUAUAAAGGUUGGAAGUGGAGCUGAGGCUGUAAAGGGAUCUCGGGUUGCAAUCCACUAUGUUGCUAAGUGGAGGGGUGUCACAUUCAUGACUAGCAGACAAGGUCUUGGUGUCGGUGGAGGAACGCCUUAUGGAUUUGAUGUUGGUCAAUCGGAGAGAGGAUCUGUUUUGAAGGGAUUAGACCUUGGUGUCCAAGGCAUGAGAGUGGGAGGCCAGCGGUUGUUGAUUGUUCCUCCUGAGCUAGCUUAUGGAAGCAAAGGUGUCCAGGAAAUUCCUCCAAAUGCAACGAUUGAGCUAGAUGUUGAGUUGUUGUCGAUCAAACAGAGCCCUUUCGGAUCUCCUGUUAAAGUUAUUGAAGGAUAG